AACAAACAGUCGCGUUUUAUCAAACAAAAAAACAAAAAAAUCCAACAAUGCCUAGGAUAGCAUUGAUUAAUUAAAAAACACAAUAUUUUCGUUUUCAUACCAACAAGUGUUCUUAUACGAUCUCUUAUUUUGCAAAAAUAGAUAAAUGAAAACUAAAUUCAAAAGUAACGUUAGACUGCAAUUGUAAUAAACUGUGCCAGUGACCGAAAAAAAGAUUCUCCUUGUAUUAAAAACGAAGUUAUUGUGAUUAUAAUUAGAUUAUGACCUUUAUGCCUUAAAGGAGAGUUUUGUGAUCUAUAUGAUAAACGAAAUGAAUUUUUUCCCUUUCAAUUGCUCGAGAGAUAUAUAAAUAAAUGAAAAACCAGAUGUUAAUCGCCCACAUAACAAGAGAAAUGAAUGAUGAAAGUAGCGGUAGUAUAUUUGCUUAAAAUCUAACUAAGGCAAGUGCAAAAAGAGAAAUCGCAAGCAAUCAAGGACAAUUUUACAGAAUUUCUCCACACUUACAAGCAAUAUCUCUUGAUAAAGUGGAUUUAUUAUGAAUGAAAGAAUCUCGUAAAAUUGAGCAUAAAAUAAAAUUAACAGAGAAAAAUGAGUCAAUCUACGAUAUCUUGCUUGCCAGUGCAAGCAAGAAUGUCGAAAGCGAAAAAAGUAUUGGACGAGGCGCGUGAAACCCAAAAUCGUGAAAUUGAUUUAGUGGAUAAGGGCAUCAACUCCUUUGAGGAGUUGCCUGGUUUAUUCAAUAUGUCCAACAUCACACGUCUCACAUUAAGCCACAAUAAAAUCAGUUUGAUAAAUCCUGGAAUUGCCAAUCUUUUGAAUUUAGAAAUUCUCAAUUUAUCCAAUAAUCAUUUACGUGAACUGCCCGUUUCUUUGUCGUCUAUGCCCAAACUACGUAUACUCAAUGUAUCUAUUAAUCGCUUAGAUAGCUUGCCUCGAGGCUUUGGUGCUUUUCCGGUUCUAGAAGUACUCGAUUUAUCGUACAAUAACCUUAACGAAAAGGUUCUACCCGGCAAUUUCUUUAUGAUUGAAACUUUAAGAGCCCUAUAUUUGGGAGACAAUGAUUUCGAGUACAUACCUAAAGGUUUGGGUAAUCUUAAGAAUUUACAAAUUUUGGGUUUACGCGAUAACGAUCUGCUCGAGCUGCCUAGAGAAAUUGGGGAGUUGACCCGUCUUAGAGAAUUGCAUAUACAAAAUAAUCGCUUGCAAGUAUUGCCUCCUGAAGUAGCCCAACUCGAUUUAUUGGGAAGUAAAUCAGUAAUGAAAAUGGAAGAAAAUCCGUGGGUGCAACCAAUAGCUGAACAAUAUUUGUUAGGUAUAAGUCAUGUCAUCGAAUACAUUAAGACGGAGACGUAUAAAAUUAUAUAUAACCGUCACAUGCAAAGCGGCCGAAGUGGCCCUGCCCCACCUAAAGCUGAUAAAAGUAAAAAAGCUUCACGCGUACGAGCCUAAAAAUUUAAUCUUUUUGCAGAAUAACAACGUGACGUGCUUUAAAGUUCGCAGCAAAAUACUAAGCAUUUUUAAUCCAUAUAUUAAUCUUUUGAUGACGAUUAACCAUUAAUAAUUAUUUUUUUUAUUAAUAUUUAACAGUCUAUAAUAAAUGGCAAUGAAUUCAUUUUAUAUUUUGUAAUCUAAAUCUAAAUAUUGAUUCAUUCAAUAUGGAAUCGUUUGUAUAAAUGACCUAUCAAAAUUUGUUAAAGCGGUUACAGGUUGAACAAUGGAAUUGAAAGAUAACGACCUGCACCUAUAUAAACUGACUUCAUUUGAAAAGGAAUAUAAGUAAGACGGUUUCUCACUAUAAACCAUUGAUAAUUCGCAACUUCCAGAAGCAAUCUUCUUUGAAAUUGGCAAUAGCAGGACUACUCCUGAUCAAUAUGAUUUGUUGUUAACUAAACACUAACAACAAGCAAACAUUCUUAGAAGAAUACACUUAUCUUCUCCCUCUCC